AUGGCGCACGACGCGGCGAACGCGCUCGCGGCGCUGCUAAGCCUCGAGGGUGCCUCCCUGACCGAGUUCUUCGCGAAGCGAUCCUGCGCGCCGCUCGUCACAACGUGCUGUCGUGGAGCCGACAAGGCCCUGGCGUCCGCCCUCUACGCCGACGGCCAGCGCCGGCUCGCGGCGCUCGAGCCCAUGGCGCGCUUCUCCCUCUUCUUAGCAUUGGUGCGCUGGGUCGAGGUCGACGCCCGGAAGGCGCUCGGAGACGACGAGGCCUGGCGCGCGUGCGGCGACGCGUGCGUCCAGGUCGACGCCCGGAAGGCGCUCGGAGACGACGAGGCCUGGCGCGCGUGCGGCGACGCGUGCGUCCAUUUCUUCGCGUUCCUGACGGGCGGCGCGGACGACGGCGAGGUCACGGCCCUGGGGUCCCUCUGCGCGGCGCGGGACGACGCGGCGGUCUUCGGCAAGACGGCGUAUGCCGCCGCCGUGGCGCUGCACUGGCGCGAGUCGCUGGCGCACGCGGCGCUCGUGGACAAGGGCGAGAAGCUCGCGUCGCCGCGCGAGGGCCGCGACUACUUGCUCGGGCGCAUGGACGGUCUCAGCGACGUCGAAAGCAUGGCCUUCGAUUUCGCGGGCGUCGUCGCCCGCACGGGCUUCACCGUGACGUCCGCGCGCGUCGACGGCGACUACUUGGCCGUAAAACUCGCGCAGGUCCGCGUCACGGACGUCCGCGCGCACGACCCCAUGGUCGCCUGCGUCGUGUGCUGCGACAGCCUGCCGCACUCGGACAUGGCGCGGCUGGUGCCCUGCGGCCACGCGGGCUGCUGCGCGGCCUGCGCGGCGAAGCUCGGCGAGUGCCCGGAGUGCCGCGCGCCCAUCGAAGCGGUCCACCGCGACGCGGAGCUCCACGAGGACAUCCACGGCGGCGCGCCCGUGCUCCUGGAUUACAAGGCGGCGAUCUUGCACGCCAGCGUGCUCGCCGUGGAGAUGCGGCGCGUGAAAGACGAGCGGCCCGACGCCGCGACGCGCGAAUGCAUCCGCUUCGACGUAUCGGAGGGCGACGUGACGAUCACGGCGCGCGUCACCGUCGCCGACGCGCUCACGCUCGGCCGCCAGAACGUGAGCAUGGUCACCAUGCAGACGCGGCUCGCGAGCUGCGAGUCGGAACGCGACCACAUGAAGGUCCUACAAGAGCUCAACCCGCUCCGGACCGUCCACGUCCAGCAACGCGUCGCGGGGAAGCGCAAGUGCCAGUUGAAGCAGUGCGAUACCCUCGAGAGUGACGACCACAAGUUCCUCCGGUGCGCGCGCUGCAAGGACGCGGCCUACUGCUCCAAGGAGUGCCAGCGCCUGGACUGGAGCCUCGUCGGCAACCACAAGCGCAUGUGCGGCACCGUGCCGAUGUGGUCGUCGGGCGCCUGCUUCGCCCUGGGCCGCGCGUGGAGCCGCGCGGCGAGGCUCUCGGACUGGAUGAGGCACUGGCACAAGCGCCGGAAGGACACGGCGGACGAGAAGCCCGCGGCCGCGAGGCUCCGCUCGACGACGGCCCAGGAGAUGGCCGCCGGGUGGGCCUGGUGGCUCGCCUUGGACGCGUUGAGGUAG